AUUUUGAUUCCAGCGAUCGAACUUCAGUAGCAGACAGUAGCGUCACAAGUUGUUGUAGGAUUGUCAGUAAAUGUUCUGAUUUCCUGUUAUACACAUCUGACAGUAUGAAUAAUGUUUUUGUGUUCCUAUUUUUGUUCGUUACAUUAGUAGAUAUUGGAUAUGGUACGCAAAGGAUUUUACGAUCAUGGCUGAAUCAUGGCUGUGGCACGAUAUGUAAAGACAAAAAUUUAACAACAGUUUAUCUAAGAGCUGAUGGGCAAAAUGACACUUUACACUAUCUGUGGGACUUUGAUGGUAAUCCGUCUGUAUUGCUAGCACUUACUUCACAGUCAGCUUCUAUGAAUAUAAGUUGGGAAGAUUUUCUUCUUAAGAAAAAAAAUUCCAUAACAUUUACAGAAGAACCUGUGUAUACUUUUGGAGUAGUGUUUAACAAGAUUAUAGAAUUUAAUGAUACAAAUGACACAGCAUUAAUAAACAUUGCUAAUUUAUUAAAUACAAAUAUUUUACAUCCCAUGUUUUUUCAAUGGGAUCGCAAGACUUUAAUACAGAAUAAUGAAUUUGUCACACUCAAUAUGGAGGGUAACUCUUAUAAUGACAGUAUUAUGAAUAUCAGUAGAGAUGGAAGCAUAAAAUUUUCGUUGAUGGGUUUUUGUUCUCUUGAUCACUCAGAGGUCAUGCCUCACAUGUUACAUACUGAAAAUUCUACCCAAGUUGAUAUAAUUCUUGACCAUUUACAAACUAAUAAAAGCUUCAGCAAUAGCAGAUUUGCCAUUGAGUUAUUGGUAGUAGGAGAAGGAAAUCCUGAAAUCCCUAUGUUCAUUAAUCCAAAGAAAAGUUUAGACGAUGAACAUACACCUGGUAUAUUUGAGGUUGUUGAAGUCAGAACACCGCCUUACAAAAGUAUGGACAAUUAUGAAACACAGGGUGCUUAUUUGCAAUGGAGACCAAUUUCUUAUACAACUAUGUCGCGAAAUGUCAUAAAUUCUACAGAAACAAUGCAGUACCCUCCAAUAAAAGUAUCUAAUCACACAAGUGCUGUUGCAAAUUCUAUGUUAUAUUGUUACUAUGGAGAUAAGGUUGACACUUUGCUUACUCAAAGAAUUAUUGUAUCAUUGGGGACAAAAGGAGAUGGCUUUUAUAAAAGAACCUACUACUCUACAUGGACAUUCUUAAUUGGAUAUGGUACACCACCUGAUGAACAAUUUUCUUAUUUAGUGAUUAUGAUUAUUUCAAUUGGUCUUGGCCUUCCGCUGAUUAUUUUGCUAGGGGUAGGCUUAUAUCUUUGUAUAUACAAAUUGCCGAAACGAAGCGGCCAGGCGUAUUUAAAUCAAUGAGAAUGCGUACAAAUCAUGCAGAAUUUUUAAUUGCGUGACAUUUAAUAGAAAUCCGUGCACGUUUAGUUGCAUUAUCGACAAAACCACCGUUAAACUUUAUAAAAAGAAUUUUUCCUAUAUUUAUACAUAGCACAUAUAUUUUUUACACGUAUUUUCAAAUUGACACGAGAAAAUCAAUUUGAAGUAUUAUAUAUUAAGGCAAUGCAUACAAAUUAUACUGUACAAAUUUAUACAUAGGUUAUCAAUAAACUAGAAGAGAACAAUC